AGGGGCUUCCAGAAGGACAGCGCUGAGGGAAAGAAGAACAGUUAAAGCACUAUAGAAGGAGGACUUUCUUUUCAAACACUGUAGAAAGCCGCUUUCAGACAAAAUGAAAAUCACUUUCACAGGUUUGGCCAGUUUUGUGGCCACCUUUGGUGUCCUCAGCUUUGUAGGUCUCGUUCUGGCAAUUGGAACCGAUUUUUGGUACAUCAUUGACACUUCUAAGAGAGAAAACAGCUCAUCUGAGUCUCUGAGCUCUCAUUCUGGACUGUGGAGGACUUGUAACUUUCAUAACCAGUGCUGGCCAUUUAUGAAUCCUUUUGGAGCAGGAAGAAACUUAUCAGAAUCACAAAGGCAGAUACUAAACAUGCAAGGAACGUUCAUCGUCCUGCUGCCUCUCAGUGUGAUCGUGCUGUUUAUUGGAGGAAUGCUGGGCUUCAUCAGUAUGUUGGCACGAGCCUACAUGCUGCUCCUCCUGACCGGAGUGCUGCUUCUGUUCGGCGCUAUGCUGUCAUUGGCUGGAAUUUGUGUCUACAUGGCGUACUCUGCAGCCGCCUUCAAAGAGGCUGUGGACAUCUCUGGCCACAAAACCCUGGAGGACAUUGAGAUUUACUUUGGCUGGUCUCUGAUUCUAGCCUCUGUUUCUUUUGUUGGAGAACUCUGUAUUUAG